AUGGGCGGAGUUCUCUCAAUUCUGCGAAACACAGCCAAGGCUCUCAUCGCAGCAGCAUCUCUCUUAAGAGCUUUGUCAACCGAGUUCGAUCAAGCUCUGAAGCGUGCAUCACAACCCCCGGGUUUUCCGGUCCCCAAGCCAUCCGAAACUUACUGGCUCAGCGACCCUCCACACCCUGCACUAUGCGACGCAAGCUCGCCCAAACUACCGCAAACCGUAGAUGUGGUCAUUAUCGGUUCCGGGAUAGCAGGCGCUGCUGUUGCGCGGUCAUUAUUAAACGAGCGACGCCGUCGCAACAUCCGCACUGAUGAGAAAGUGGUGGUCCUCGAAGCUCGACAGCUGUGCAGCGGUGCGACUGCUCGGAACGGUGGCCACAUAAAACCUUCAGUGUACGAAAGCUUCUCUCGAUUCAGCAAGCUGUUGCCCAAAGAUCGUGCUGCUGCCCUGGCGCGUUUCCAGCUUUUGCAUGUCAAGUACUUAACAGAAUUAUCUGAAAGCGAAGGCAUUGAGGCUGCCGAAGCUCGGAAGGUCGAGACUGUGGACUUUUUUCUGGAUGACGAAAGUUUCCUCAAAGCUGUCGCCGAUGUUGAGGAGUUGAAGAAAUGGUUGCCUGAGGUUGAGAUUGCUGUGUGGAAGGGUGAUGAAGUGCAGAAGGUUCGACGACACCCCGAGAAAUUCGGUGUCAACAACAGCGUCGUCGGUGCUUUGUCAUACGAAGCAGGCGCUAUCUGGGCGUAUCGAUUCGUUGCAUCUAUCUGGAAUGGUCUUCUCAACGACUUCCCUGACACCCUCUCUAUCGAGACAAGGCUACGCAGCAAGAUCGUGGGCGCACGAGCCCACAUGUCCGCUCAGCAACCAGGACAAACAUUCCCAUAUGCUGACGGCAUGCGCUCAUGGAGUGUAGUCUACGGCGAGGGUUUCGACUACGUCACACAACGUCCACCAGCCACCAGUGGUCCCAAAGGAGAUCUGAUGAUCGGAGGCGGCUUCGUGCGAUCGCUGAAACAAGGUAUCGAUCAAGUCGGUCGGUAUAACGAUGGCCCUCAACUCGACUUAUUGACCGCCGCACACAUAGCGGGUGUCUUUCCGGCAGUGUUUCAUCCCAAAUGGGGUGCUGGUGCAGAGUUGAAGCAGAUGUGGUCCGGCAUCAUCGGUCUGACUGGCGAUUACAUGCCAUUCGUCGGUCGCUUGGAUGCAAAGCUAACGGGGCGGGAUAUCAAAGCACGAAAACGCGUGGCGUCUGACAAGGACUCGUGCGGGGAGUGGAUUGCGGCGGGCUUCUCGGGAGAAGGGAUGGUGUGGGCUUGGCUUUCAGGUGCUGCUCUUGGUAUCAUGAUUGCUGGUAGUGAAGAAGAGGACUUGCCUGAAGCUCCGGGGAGACCGGGUGGCAAGUUAUCGGAAUGGUUCCCGAAUGAGCUCUUGGUGUCGAAGGAGAGGAUGCGCAGCGCUGAUGUUAGUAACCUGGCUAAUUAG